AUGAGCUUUUUCCCACUAAUACGUGCGGCAAAGGCGGAGGCAGCAGCGGUUGGAAGCGACGGCGGCAGCUGGAGUCGGCGGCAACAACUGGGGGGACAUGGGGUUGGGUUUGUUGACGAGGAGGAAGAAAUGUCGAUUUGGGGGUCAUUUGCUGUCUCGGCCAGGCUAUCUGGACUUCUGUCAAACAGGCUGUGGGCGUGCAAGGGUCGCACACCAGCCAGCGAUGGGUCGGCGAAGGAGCUUACCAGGCCUCUAUGGAUCGUCCGACCCUUUUAUGCCCCUUAA